UUUCCUCCAAUUCUGUGUGAAUACCAAAUGAGCCGUGAAGUCUUUAUAAAAACACCUUCUGAUCAAAUACGAACAGUCAUUUCGAGAUCAAAUUUUCACCCCCUGGAAGUCAGUGACUGGCACCUUCGACUCUUUCAGCCGUAAAAUACCUUAUUUCCUUCACCAACAAGUCAUUUCUGUCAAUAUAGGAAUUAUUACGUCUGAAUUUUCACGUUCGCAGUCAACAUUUGAAAAUGAUGUGGCAGAAAGGAACGAGUUAACUGGUUUGGAAGUGGCAAAAACCGUACUGGUUUUCUCUCGUGACAGCGGCUCAGUGUGGCACUGAACUAUGAACGAUGACAACACGACCUUGAUCCAGCAUUUGCCAUGAAUGAAUCGUCAAAUACAACCCUCGAUUGGGUAGUUGUAUGUAAUGACCUUCCUUCUUAUCUGAGAACUCCUCUCCAUGCCAUAUUGAUCUUUUCUCUGUUCCUUGGCGUUGUGGGAAACAGUGCAAUAUGCCUUAUAGUUGCUAGGCAUUAUCAGCUCCAUACGGUCACUAAUGCUAACAUCGUAAACAUGGCAAUCGCACACUUACUGUUCUCCAUACUAUGCGUUCCUUCAUAUCUAAGUAUGGUGAACAAACGACAGGUCUCCAAAUGGCUUUGCUUCACACAUGGGUUUUUCUUCACUUUGUUCGCUACAGGCUCUACUCUAGCUCUCGUGUUGAUCGCAUUUGAGCGAUAUUAUGUUAUUACCAAGGCCAAUACGGGUAAACUGUCAGCCAAGACAACCAAAAAAAUGAUUUUAGCUUCAUGGCUAACAGCUUUAGCCUUAUCUAUACCGUGGCUUUUGAUCAGCGAUGCUCCUAUAACGUGUAGUCGAUUUUUAAAUUUUAUUAACCAUUCGAAUACACUUCGUUUGAACCAAUGUCUGCCUUUUCUAAAAUCGUCAUCUUCAAGGACAACACAGAUCGCUAACCUAUGUUUGGUGGCUAUUUGUUUUAUCGUUCCUUUUGCCACUGUAAGCGCGUUAUACUGCAGAAUGGCCGGCCCGCUUUGGAAAGGCUACAACCAGAUCCGGCCCCUGGGAGCUGGACACCCUAAGACUAUACGAUACACCGCGGAAAUAAGAACAGCAAGAACUAUGCUGGCGAUUUUUCUACUUUUUCUUUCCUCUUGGGGAUGUUACUGCUUUGUUGCUCUCUUAAACGCUUUAAGCUCGCCUUUCAAACAAAAUACGAAUGAAACAACGACAAUAGUCGCAAUAUCUCUUGCUUUCUGCUCGUUUUCAUUUGAUCCUCUCAUUUACGCGAUGAGGAAUCCUAGAUUCAGCAUCAUAUUCUGGGGAAGGAACCGACGACGAGGAAGAAAAAGAGUGAAAUUUACGACAGGGAGACCCUCUGAUGAUGUAGCUGGCGAAAACAUACCGAAGUGGGCUAGAGGCAGGUGUAAUACCUCAGUGUUUGAAACUGUUAGUCGAAGUGGCGAAGAGUUUCUGGGUACAUCAACUGCUCAGACCGCAUCAACACGACUUUCUGGGUCUACUCUUUCUUUCUCACACCAUAUUGGAACAGAGCAAUCACAGACAUAAAAAAAACCCCACUGAAAUCGAAAAAAAAUCAAAGGGUUCUGCUUAUCUUUUUUUCGUAGGAAACUGGCUGACAAAAUCAAUUUCUAAUGGAUUACGAUUAUAAUCAUGUGAUAUAUCUACAUGGUUUGAAUAAGACAGGUACAGCGAAAAUUCACAACUAGAGACGAAACAUGCAUUAAUUUAGAUAAGUUCGUAGCAAUAGAAAAGUUUUGUGUUCAAUAUUCACAAAAAGUCUGUAAAUCUGCUUCAAUAAUGGUGGCAUUAAUCAAAACCUUAAUUAACUGGAUUUUGUUUUACUGAGAUACGAUUGCAAAUUGAAUUUGACUGUUUAAAUGUACAAUAUGUUUAUUGGCCACGGCUGCAGUAUUUACCAUAAAAACAGACAAAAGCGGUUUUCACCAACAAUAAUAUUCGAAAAUUAGUGCUCAUACCGAAGUAACAAUACUUUGGUGUUUUUUUUAAAAUAAAAAACAUGUCUCAAAACUCUUUUGUCAACGGUAAAAAACAAACAUCAAUAUGUUGUCAGUAGCAAGGCACACGCGAAAAGAAAAACAAGGGUCGACUUAUUAGAACAAGCUCAAUUAUCAUAGAAACAACAAGAUCAUUGAGAUAAUUCAACAUUCACGUUUUUGUGUGUUUUGACAUGUUACGAUCAGAGUAGCAAAAAAUUUUUAUUCCGGAACAAUCUUAGUUUUUCAUCGCGGCUUGACUGAGAGUGGGGCUCGUAAAAAUAAUGCAUUUAUAUGAUUCGAAUUCUUCUUGCUAAUACUCGCUAAUCCCCACUGAUCAAACUUUGAAAUAAUCCAUGUUGGAAAAAAAAAGAUGGAGAUUGGACUGUUGAAAGCACGUAAUAAAAUAAUGAUAUUGACACUGAAUUUAUUUAUCUCGAGGUAAAGUAGACUGAUUAGUUUUAGCAUAUCUAUCGAUAAGGCGUCCGUCUCAAUGAUCAGAUGUAUCUAUAAAAUGGAGAAAUUGGAUAGGGGAUUUUGCUGGAGAACAACUGUACUUAACGUUAACAUAUUUAAUCCGAUUUCAAGAUAAUCGCUAAUUUAGUUAUGCUUGAUUAAAAGAUUUGAAUAUU